CGGCGGCGGAAUGGCGCGGGGCGCGUGAUUUUGAACAAACCCGGGUCUGUGUCUCGGAGGCGCCGCCGCCGCCGCGGCUGCUGGGAGCCCACCGGAGCGCCUUCCCGCAGGAGCACGGCCAUGGAGGUGGUGCCAGCCGAGGUGAAUAGCUUGCUUCCGGAGGAGAUAAUGGACACGGGGAUAACGUUAGUGGAUGAGGAUAGUAUUGAGGCUGUUAUUGUUUCAUCCCCAAUUCCCAUGGAGACAGAGCUGGAAGAAAUUGUCAACAUAAACUCUGCUGGUGACUCUGCGGCCACACCCACUUCCACGGAACCCGUCACACUGUACAGUAACCACACUAACCAAGUUGCAGUGAGCACCGCAGUCCCUAAAGCAGACCCUAAUACCACAGUGAAACCAGCUCUUCCAAGUGGCCUUCAGAAACUUGGUGCUCAGACUCCUGUGACUAUAUCAGCCAAUCAGAUCAUUUUAAACAAAGUAUCACAGACAUCUGAUCUUAAACUUGGCAAUCAGACCCUUAAGCCAGAUGGACAGAAGUUAAUUUUAACAACUUUGGGCAAGUCUGGUUCACCAAUUGUUUUAGCACUACCCCAUAGCCAACUGCCCCAGGCUCAGAAAGUUACAACUCAGGCUCAGUCAGGAGAUGCUAAGUUGCCACCGCAGCAAAUUAAAGUAGUUACCAUUGGAGGGAGGCCAGAGGUGAAACCUGUCAUUGGUGUCUCAGCACUGACCCCAGGAAGCCAGCUGAUUAAUCCUACAACUCAGCCCUCUGUGGUUCAGACCCAACAGUUAAAAACAGUGCAGAUUGCUAAGAAGCCUCGAACACCAACCUCUGGCCCAGUAAUCACGAAGCUGAUCUUUGCAAAACCAAUUAAUAGUAAAGCAGUUACAGGACAGACAACUCAAGUAUCACCACCAGUCAUUGCAGGUAGAGUUCUUUCACAGUCUACUCCUGGAACGCCAUCCAAGACCAUAACGAUAUCUGAAAGUGGUGUUAUUGGAUCCACUUUAAACUCUACUACACAGACACCAAAUAAAAUUGCCAUCUCACCUUUGAAAUCUCCAAAUAAGGCAGUGAAAUCAGCUGUGCAGACUAUCACGGUCGGAGGCGUGAGCACAUCGCAGUUUAAGACAAUUAUUCCUCUGGCCACCUCGCCCAAUGUCCAGCAGAUCCAAGUGCCUGGCAGCAAGUUCCACUAUGUCCGCCUCGUCACCGCCACCACCGCCAGCAGCUCCACCCCGCCCACCAGCCAGAACCCCAGCACCAACACCCAGCCCCUGCAGCAAGCGAAGCCAGUGGUUGUUAAUGCAACCCCAGUGCGGAUGUCAGUCCCCUUCGUCCCAGCUCAGGCUGUCAAACAAGUUGUUCCCAAACCGAUCAAUCCAGCAUCACAGAUUGUAACCAGUGGCCAGCCCCAGCAGCGGCUCAUCAUGCCCGCCACGCCGCUGCCCCAGAUCCAGCCCAACCUCACCAGCCUGCCUCCUGGCACUGUCCUGGCCCCCGCCCCAGGGACGGGGAAUGUGGGCUACGCAGUGCUUCCGGCGCAGUAUGUCACUCAGCUGCAGCAGUCUUCGUACGUGUCCAUAGCUAGCAACUCUACCUUCACUGGGACAUCUGGGAUCCAGACCCAGGCAAGGCUUCCAUUCAACGGGAUAAUCCCAUCAGAGUCUGCCAGUCGGCCCAGAAAGCCCUGUAAUUGUACCAAAUCUCUGUGUUUGAAAUUAUAUUGUGACUGCUUUGCAAAUGGUGAAUUCUGCAAUAACUGCAAUUGUACUAAUUGUUACAACAAUUUGGAACAUGAAAAUGAAAGGCAAAAAGCAAUUAAGGCCUGCCUAGACAGAAACCCAGAAGCCUUCAAGCCCAAGAUCGGGAAGGGCAAGGAGGGAGAGUCCGACCGGCGGCACAGCAAGGGCUGCAACUGCAAGCGCUCGGGGUGUCUCAAGAACUACUGCGAGUGCUACGAGGCAAAAAUAAUGUGUUCCUCGAUCUGCAAGUGUAUUGGCUGUAAGAAUUUUGAAGAAAGCCCAGAAAGAAAGACACUCAUGCACUUGGCAGACGCGGCCGAAGUCAGGGUGCAGCAGCAGACGGCGGCCAAGACCAAGCUGUCCUCUCAGAUUUCCGACCUGCUCACCAGGCCCGCGCCAGCCUUGAGCAGCGGGGGAGGAAAGUUGCCAUUCACCUUUGUCACCAAGGAAGUAGCCGAGGCCACGUGUAACUGCCUGCUUGCCCAGGCAGAGCAAGCGGACAAGAAGGGGAAGUCAAAGGCUGCGGCCGAGCGGAUGAUACUGGAGGAGUUCGGGCGCUGUCUGAUGAGCGUCAUCAACUCUGCAGGAAAAGCAAAAAGUGACCCGUGCGCCAUGAACUGCUGACCUGCACAUGGAAGACGGGGGAGUGGAGCUGUACAGAAAACGCAGGGUGCAGGGACACUUGACUUUCUAGAUGAUAAGUUAACGAUUAUUGUAUUUUAACUCAGUCCUUGUUUUAAGAGACCUGAAAUUAUAAUACUGAAAGAGAAGAAAUUUUAAACGAAAUUCAGACAUUUUAAAUCUUAGUUAAUUCUGCCUACACCCCUUCUAAAUUGAGUUUUUCUUUUUAAUUUUUAUUGUAUUAUGUAGAUUUUUAAUUUGCUUGGGUUUCUUAAGAAUCAGAUGUUCUUUCUGAUCCUAUCAAGAAGGAGCAUUUUAUAAAUUAUGGAAUUUAUAACGUGUGGUGUUGUAUGGCUUCGUUCAGUAGAGAAAGUCAAAGCAGCGCGAGGCCCGUGCAGUCACUCUGGAAUAUACGCAGGUAGAAGGUCUAUAGAAAUUCUGAUGGAAUGUAUUUAGAUGGCACUUGUGUUGCAAAAAGCACUCUUUUAAAGAAAAAACAGCUUUUUCCAGCUGGAUUCUGGAGUAGGAAAGGAGGAAGUAAUCCCCAGGCACAGUUUUUAAAUGAAAAUUGGUUUUCGCACAUGCACACAGAUGAAGGGACAGGAGGUGAUUUUUAGAAGGUGUACAGUGUGUUUCUAUAGCGAGUGGCGGGGAGCGCUCAAGGUGUCUCCGUGUUCUGUCCGGGGAUGGCGUGUGCUGGAAUUAGGCUGGCAGAGUGAUUACUGGCUACCAGUAAAGUGAGAGGUGUGUGAAUAUAAGUAAAAAUGAUGUAGAGAUAUUAUAGAACUUCAUAUAAUCAAGUAUCAAAUUUAGCUGGGAUGGAGAAAUAAGGAAUAUUGAAGCUGUAAGAGAUGAAUUUAAGGAAGGAUUUUUCUCUAUACAGCUGUCUUUGUAGAUUUAUGAACUAAGAACUUUCAGACCAACAUGUGACUUGUACUUGGUUUACUGACGUAGGUCUCAGUAACAAAGCUUUCAAAGUUGUAGUGGAAUUUCUUUCUAUAAGGGAAGUUUAUGAUGGCAUUGUUUUUAGCCAGUGAUUUCUUAAGCUGAGGGUGUGUGUGUUUUCAUGUAAUUGGUAAAAUAGGCUAAAUCAUUUUCAGAAAUUAGACUGUGAGUUUAAGGGCCUAUGGUAGUAGGACUCUUGAUUUUAUGACAAAACAAACCAUGUUGGAAUUCAGACGUUUUGUUAGGUACCAUAAUCCUCAGUAAUUAUCAGUACAUAUGAUCAUUAUAUCUCCUACAAGGACUCUAUAGUUGUAUGUAUUAAGUGUGUAUAUAUGUUCACAUGAACAUGCAAGAUAUAGGCAAUAGAAAUUAAGUAAUCCAAAAGAGGAUUCCGUUAUUCAUUAAAGUAUCCUCCUCCUUUUGAAAUCUGGGUUUAUAAAAGUAUAGUGCAGUAACUUUAAAUGUAGAUAGUGCAGGCAUUCCUAGCACCUCAAUCUAGUAGGCCUCAUUGAAAUUUGUAUAAAUGUAAAUUAGUGUAAGAGGAUAAAAAUAUCUAAUCAAGUUAUUUUUCAAAAAUUGCAAUAAGUUUUUGGUCUAAACAUAAACUUUGUUCAUUUUGUAUAUAUUCUGUGUUAAUUCUAAUUGCACCGUUGUGAUGUGUAUUUAUAUACAGUGUGCAGAAAAUGUGAAAUUUUGAUUACAAUUGUAGAUUAUGUAUGAUGGCAUUUUGUUUUGCUUGUAAAACAAGAAUGUUUUGCUUGUAAAAAUUCGAAGGUGCAAUCAAAUGCUACUAGUUUCUGAUUUUCAAGAGGCUAUCUCAGUAUGAAGCCCUUUUCUUCCUGUGCAGCGCUUACUAAACAACUUUUUGUAUCUAGGCCUUUGCAUCAAAUUGCUGAACCAGAUUAACAGCCACUGGCUCAUUCAAACCAUUUUAAAAGACUAUUUGGGGAGUGUUGGGUAUAUAACUUUUUAGCUCUAUUUACAUCCCAAGAUAGAAUGAUUAAAUUUAUAUUUACUAGAGCUAUUCAAAGAAUACUCUUUUCUAUAUUGUAAAAAACAGGACAGGAAAGUAAAUCAUACAGAAAAUAAACAUUUAUACUAUUCUGUAAAAA